ACGCAGUUCCACCUCGAGUGUAUCUCUAUCACUUGUCACACCAAACCCUUGCCCAAUGCUUCAACUCCAAAAACCAAAGAAAAACAUCAGAAGAGACAACCGAUAUCCAUCUUAUGUACUUACUUAGGUACUCUACAUGUCUUCUUUAUCCAAAUACAAAAAACCCUAUCUCCUUCCCUCCCUUGAUUCAUCUCCUUGGUUUCUCUUCUCUACCAACACAACCCUAGCACCAUACUAAAGAAAAGGCCUAACCUUUCCCUUGCUGUGGCAUUUAUGUGUGUUGUUAUACUGAGUUUAAAGAUAAAAACAAGAACGUGAAGCCAUGGCCUCAAAGACCCAUGUCCCUGUUUCAGCAACACAAGGGACCACCCCUUCACUACUAUCAUCUACAGGUUUUUUCCCUAUCCGAGCUCCUGUUACGGUUGAUGGUUUUCAAUCUGAUGGUUAUAAAACUGACAGCUCUGAAAGCAACAUUAGUGGUAGUAGUUGUGUUGAUAGUGAGUUUGCGAGUGGUGAAGAAGAUUUUGACACUGCAUCCGAGAGGCCUUUUUUAGGUGACCCAGAUGAGGAAAACAGCGAAGAGGGUGGUUUCGGUGGAAGGUAUCGAGUUUCUUGGCCGUUUGCGGGUGACCCAGAUGAAGAAAGUUUAGUUCUUGCGGAGGAGGAGGAGAGUAGUGUGACUGAUGAAUUUGGCACUGUUGUUGAAUUGGACAAUGCGAAUUCGAAUGGAGUUAGGCCUAUUGCUCAGUUGUCACUGGACGAUGAUGAAUUAUAUGAGGUGGCUGGCGAUGAGGGAAUGAUGAAUGGAGUGGAAGAUGGAAGGCUUUCAGAUGUCGUCAAAGUUCCUAGUUUUGGGGUUCAAGAGAGAGAAGAUACUGUGCUUCGAGUUAAAGCUCUGGGAACUGAAGAAGAAAAGGAAGGUGAGUUAUUGGUUCAGAGUAAUUCUUCUUCUGUUGACAACCAAUCUGGGUUGUUAAUGGAGAGGGAUGAUGGACCUGAUAAUGUUGUUUUGGGUCCUAAAGAUGCAGCUGUGAUGAAUGGUUCUGUUAAUGACUCUGGUUCAGUUAAUUUGGUCGAGGACAAUAGUCAUGUUGUUACAGUUAUUCAGCCCAUCAACUUGUUGGUGAAUGAUGAAUCUCCUGAAACCUCUGAAGGUGAUAGAAUGGAAGAUCUGCGAGAAAGCUAUACAACUUCCCAUGAUAUCAAAGAUGAAGCAAACCUUGAUUCAGAAACAAUAGGAGGACAAGAAGGCUUGCUUUCUGACGAUCAUAUUGAAGAGUUAAUUUUUGGUGGCUCUGGUACAACCAAGCACAUCAUGAAUGGAUUACCACAAAAUUUAGCCUUCUCUUCUCCUCCAGGGAUCGAAGCGUAUCAUGAUCAUCCACAGACGAUAGAUGCACAAAUUACUAUGGACUCGGAUGAAGAUACAGACUCAGAUGAAGAAGCGGACGUUGUUAAAGAGCCAGUAGGAAAGCAAUUAUUUGAUUAUGAUGCAUUGGCAGCUCUUUUGAAAGCAGCAACUGGUGCUGAAUUGGAUGGAGGCAGGAUAGCAAUAAGCUCGGUUGAUGGUUCUGGAUUAUUUUCUCUUGAACGGCCUGCUGGUUCAGGUUUCCCAUUUCACUCUAGGAGACCUGCUCCCCCACCAGAUGUGCUAAAGUGCACUUUAAGUGAAGAAGAAGAGAAGAUUUUAGAGAAGAUACAUAACAUAAGGGUGAAGUUCUUGAGGCUUGUCCAGCGACUAGGACAGUCUCCUGAAGAUUCUAUAGUUGAAUCAGUGCUCCAUCGGCUGGACCCAGGUGAAGGGAAACGUUUUAGUCGAGUGUUUAGCCUUGAAAAUGCCAAGAGUAUGGCCACGCAGCUUGAAGCAGAGGGCAAAGAUGAUUUAGACUUCUCUUUAAACAUUUUGGUUCUCGGGAAAACUGGAGUGGGAAAGAGUGCUACCAUUAAUUCUAUUUUUGGUGAGAAGAGAGUUGAGAUCAAUGCAUUUGCGCCUGCCACAACUAGGGUGAAUGAGAUAGUUGGAACAAUCAAUGGAGUAAAAAUUAGAAUCAUUGACACACCAGGUCUCAUGUCCUCUGUAAAGGAAGAAGCUACCAACCGGAAAAUAUUAGCUUCUAUAAAAAAGUCUAUAAACAAGUUUCCUCCUGAUGCUGUACUCUAUGUUGACAGGCUAGACACCCAUGAUAGAGAUCGCAAUGAUUUGCUGCUGUUAAGAUCGCUUUCCAGAACUCUAACUUCAUCAAUAUGGAAUGGUGCAAUUGUAACUCUGACACACGCAGCUUCUCCUCCUCCUGAUGGACCAUCUGGGUCAUCCCUAGGUUUUGACGUAUAUGUUGCUCAACGAUCUCGUGUUAUUCAGCAAGCAAUCAUCCAAUCAGUUGGUGAUCCGCAUCUGAUGCAUCCAAGUAUGAAGCGUCCAGUGUCUCUCGUUGAGAACCAUUCUUUGUGCCAGAAGAACGAAAACAGAGAAAAUGUUCUCCCGAAUGGACAAAGUUGGAGACCCCAAUUGUUACUGUUGUGUUACUCGCUGAAGGUUUUGUCAGAAGCAAGUUCUGUAUCCAAGCCUGAAGAUGUUAUUGACGACAAGAAACCUUUUGGUUUACGGCUUCGCGCUUUACCUCUACCCCACAUGGUGUCUUCUCUAUUGCAGUCUCGCCCUCAUCUAAAACUCCCUACUGACCUGAGUGGAGAAGACAUUGAUUCAGAUAUGGACUUGGUUGAUCUCUCUGAUUCUGAUGGAGAAGAUGAGGAUGAAUAUGACCAGCUUCCACCGUUCAAGCCUUUGAGGAAAUCUCAGGUUCAGAAGCUCAGCAAAGAGCAAAGGAAAGCUUAUUUUGAGGAGUAUGAUUAUCGGGUGAAACUCCUUCAAAAGAAGGAGUGGAGGGAUGAGUUGAAAAGGUUGAAGGAGAUAAAGAAGAGAGGCAAGAAUAGCAGAAAUGAUUAUCAUGACAUUGGGGAAGAUGUGGACCAGGAAGAUGAAGGUCCAACACCAGUGCCGGUUCCUUUGCCUGACUUUGUCCUCCCACACUCAUUUGACAGCGACAAUCCUUCAUACAGGUACAGAGUUUUGGAGCCUGCAUCUCAGUUUCUUGUUAGGCCAGUUUUGGAUGCCCGGGGGUGGGACCAUGAUUGCGGAUAUGAUGGUGUUAGCAUUGAAAGUAAUCUUGCUGUUGCUGGUCGGUUUCCUGGUGCAUUUACGGUUCAAAUCACAAAAGAUAAGAAAGACUUCAAUAUCCAAUUAGAUUCUUCAAUUUGUGCAAAGCAUGGAGAAAGCGGAUCAACUAUGGCAGGAUUCGACAUCCAGACUAUUGGAAGGCAGCUUGCUUAUAUCUUGAGAAGUGAGACCAAACUCAAAAAGUUUAAAUUGAACAAAACAUCAGCUGGGAUAUCAAUUACUCUACUAGGUGAAAAUGUAGUCACUGGACUCAAGAUUGAGGAUCAGAUUGCAGUUGGAAAGCGCUUGGCUUUGGUAGGAAAUGCUGGCACUGUGAGAUCCGGUGGUGAUACUGCCUAUGGAGCAAACCUUGAAGUGCACCUCAAGAGUAAAGAUUUUCCUAUAGAACAGGACCAAUCCACAUUAGGUCUGUCCUUGAUGAAGUGGAGGGGUGAUUUGGGUCUGAUGGCCCAUUUACAGUGUCAAUUCUCUGUUGGAAGGAAUUCUAAAAUGGCUAUCCGUGUUGGGAUGAACAAUAAGCUAAGCGGCCAGAUCUCCAUCAAGACAAAAAGCUCGGAACUGCAAGCUGCACUUAUUGUUAUUGUGCCAGUUGCAGUGUCCAUCCUUCGGAGUAUUUAUCCUGGUUCUAACGCAGGAAGCUCAAAUAAGCUAGAUUAUUAAGUCCUUUUUUCCAGUUUAACUAGUGCUUUUAGUCAUCAGCUGAGUUUUGAUAGGAAAAUAAACAUUCAGCAAAGGCGAUUCACUGUCUCACAUAUAAUUAUGAUUGCAACAUCUUUGUUCAGUCUGCUGGACUUUUUAUAUAUUUUUGUAGGUUUCCCAAGUUGUUACAUCAUGAGAUGAAGCCUACAUAUAGUGCUUUAUUAAGUGGCUUGAUGAUUCUUUUGA